AAAUAAUAAGAGAAAAAGGUAUCUAGGUAACCCGACGAAGCUUUUUCACACACGAAGAUGAGAUCUUGUAAAUACUCAGGUCUUUUUUGGUGUUUUAUCUGAUCUUAAUCGGAUUUUGUGUUUUGAAUCUUGUGGAAACCUAAAGGCAGUCGUCUAGCUAACGCAGUGAUAUUUAAGCCAGUGAAUCCGAGGCCACGUAAACAUAUUUGAGCGAAGCAAAUUGUUGUUUUGUCUGUCGCUGUGCUCUGAUACGAAAGGGUAGCCUUUCUCAAUCUCUCAGGUAUAGGAAUGCAAAUGCAGCCUGAGUGUCUGCGGCUGGACUCCGUACUGCAGACAGUGAGUGUCCUGGAGGCAGUUGUCCAAAGAAGCUUUGGUCCUGAUGGAGGACAGGUACUGUUCACACGAGACACUGGACAGACACUUCUGACACGCCACGGAACACGCAUCCUCACUGCUCUGCGGCUGGACCACCCGCUGGUCAGAAUGGUGGUGGAGUGUGUGCGAAAACACAGCGAUGUGACAGGAGACGGCUCCAAAACAUUCAUCUUGCUGCUAGCCUCAUUACUCCGGGAGAUUCGGAAACACAACGGAAAGGCACCCAAAAAUGUUGCUGGGGCCAAGUGGUUGGGUGAAGCCUUAUUGGCCUUUGGAUUGGAUGAGCUCAGUAAUGUCAUCUCUGUUGGAGUGGCUUCACACGCCACGUACCUUUCAGACACAUGCAACCCAACACACACAGACACACGGACCGUAGUAAAAACAGACACAGGUACUCUGCGUCGCCUGCUCGGUUCAUUCCUUCACACCCGAAUCAGCCCUACUCACGUUGAAGUCAUCAGUCAGCUGACCUGUGAGCUGCUCUGCCGUUGGAGUUUCCAGGGUAGCUUUGUUAACGAACACUUUCCCUCGCUGCACACAGCAGUGUCGGGCUUCCCUACUGGCUGUUCCCGUCUGCUGGAGGGCCAGGUGAUACAUGCAGAUUUCUCUACACCCCUUCCAGUCCACAACCGUGGACAAAUCAAAGCCCUCACGGUCACGGAACACCUGGAACCCAGCCCGCUCAUUGGUGGAGCUGUGCUGGAGCUAGGCGGCACCAGUGGAGGAAUGGAAAGUGUGUGCGCGAGGUCAGGGCAGCGGUUAGAUAGUGUGUGUGCUGUCCUGCACCAACUGGGUGUGUCCCUGCUCCUGUCCUCUGUAACACAGUCCGAGGCCACACUGGCCGCAGCAAGGAGAAACGGGGUGGGUGUUUUGGAAUGUGUUCCCGAAGACGACCUCAGCCUCUUCUGUCUGCUCAGCGGGUCCCAGCCCAUCACAGACUGGGCCACAAUCAGGCAAGAGGAUGUUGCCACUGUUACCUUCUGCCAGUCUCUGGUCCUGGGUGCUCGAAGGUUUGUGCAUUUGGGGUUUCCCAAGGCAGAGGGCAAGGUUCAACCACACAGUCUGGUGGUGUGUGGACUGACAGAAGGCCAGACCGAGCAGAGUGUGGAUGCCAUACGAGACGCUCUGCUCAUGCUGCACACCGCCUGGCAGCCCACACACAGACCCACAGCUACAGAUGAAACCCCUCACACAGACAGACAAACAGACGCGUCUACCGACACAUGCACAGGCCAGGUAGGACCCGGUUGUGUCAUUUCCAUCGGCGGAACCUUUGAGUUCCUCUUACACCAUGCCCUCCAGCUGUUCCCGCACGCAAACAAACACACUCGGUCACACUCUGACACCCCUGAUGUCUCAAGGAUGCUAGCAGAGGCCCUACUGAGCGUGCCCAGACGGAUCUACUCCCACAGUUCUCGGCAGUACCUGGCAGCUCACUCGCACGCUCUCAGCAGCAUACGUAGCCACUUCACGUCUCUGAACCGGCUGGAGACGACUGCUGUUCUGGCAGCUGGUGGUUCUAAUGGGGUCCCGGGAGAGGCAGGGUCAGGAUCUGGGUCUGUCGUUGUGAAAGAGGUGUUGGAUGGAUGCAGCUCUGGCUGUAGUUUAGGGGUGGAGUCAGUCUCCUGCAAGUACCAACUCAUUCUGGCUGUUCUUCAGUGUCUCCGGAACAUACUGUGUGUGGACACUGUAUUACACACUGCCUCUCACAAAAUCUUACCUACAAGUCUGACAACGGAUGAUGACGACUCAUGAGGACAUACUUGAAUUACAACUUGUUUUUAUUUUUCUAUUCCUCCAAAUGUUUUGUAGUCAGCUCUUUUUAUAAGUAUAAUGUAGAAUAUAUUUGUAUGC